CUUCCUCCUCGCCGCCCCGGAGCGCUCAGGGCUGGCUCAGAAGGAAUCCCAUGGAUCCCCCGAUCCCGGAGGAGAUCCAGAGGCUCCUGGCAGAGGCUGAGGAUUACCUGGCCCGGGGUUUGCAGGAGGAGCCGCUCAGCGCCGGCGCCCGGGAGCGGCGGGACGGGAUCCUCCGCGCCUUCCAGCGCAUCCGAGCCAGGUACCACCUGGAAUUCCCAUCCCGAGGGGAGGACGAGCACGACGGGCAGGAUGGCUCCGAUGAAAAUCCCAGCUGGAAUUUCGGCCCUUCCCGGAUUUCUGAGUCCUCUUUCCCAGCGGAAUUCCAGGACAAGGGCCUGGAGGAGAUCCCAAGGCCCAUCCAGGAUUCCAGGAAUAUUUUGAAGCAAGGAUACCUGGAGAAGAGAUCCCGAGAGCCCAGCUUCUUCGGUUCCGAGUGGCACAAGCGCUGGUGCGUCCUCACCCAGCGGGAAUUCCUCUACUACGCCAACGAGAGAAGCAAGCAGCCCAAAGGAUCCUUUCCCAUCGAGCGCUACCAGGCCUGCCUGGAUUCCCAGCUCCGCAAAGAUUCCCGGAAAAAAUGCUGCUUCCAGCUGUUCUGCCCCGGAAAACGCUCCUACGAGUUCACAGCUCCGAGCCCGGCCGAGGCCCAGGAUUGGGUGGAGCAGAUCCGGUUCCUCCUCAGGGACCUGAGCUCCCUGACCAUUCCCUGCGAGGAGGAGGAGGAGGAGGAGGAGGAGGAGCUCUCCAAGGACCGGGACAGCUCCGAUUCCAUGAACAAUUCCCAAAAUUCCACCCUGAAUCUGGAGGAGCCGGAGCCGGAAGGCGACGACAUCUACGAGGUGCUGCCAGAUGAGGAGCUGGAGCCGCCGUUCCCGGAGGAUGAGGAGGAUUUCGGGAACGGGGAGGAAAAUUCCUACGGGGAUUAUUCCAGUUAUUACCAGGGGCUGUGGGAUUGCCGCGGGGACAAUCCCGACGAGCUCUCCUUCCAGCGGGGCGACAUCAUCCGCAUCCUCAGCAAGGAGUACCACAGGUACGGUUGGUGGGUCGGGGAGCUCGGCCAGGAAAUCGGGAUCGUCCCGAGGGAAUUCCUGAUGCCCGCCUUCGACCUGGACGAGUGAGCGGGACAGGGACAGGCGGGACCGGGAGCGGCGGCAGCGGCGCGGGGACAACGCCAGCCCUGCCCACGGCAUUCCCUGGAUCCCAGAUCCCACAGAUCCCACAGAUCCCACGGGAUUCCCAUGGCAGAGCCACUCACAGCCACCUCCACAGGACCCAGCACCGGAACCGAGCAGAUUCAUCCCAAAAAUCCCUCCUGGAGCCAUUCCAAGGGGAAACUGAGGCACGCAUCCCGCUGUUCCCAAAAAUCCCCAGUUCCCUGGAGAUCUCCCGCCCUCCUUAUCCCGCUUUUCCUGGCUCAAUCCCAAGUUUCCAGGAGCUCCCAAAUCCAGGUGUUCCCCCUCAAUAAAUCCCUUUUUUCCUCUCCGAGUUUGGCUGCUCCUGGAAUGGGCGGGAAUGGUCUGGGAAUGAUCGGGAAUGAUCUGGGAAUGAUUUGGGAAUGAUCGGGAAGGGCCCCUUUGCUGUGAGGGUGAAUCCAGCGUUUCCUCCUCCUGUUUUUCCUGUUUUUCCUGCUUUUCCUGUUUUUCCUGCUUUUCCCGGUUUUCCUCCCCUCCCGCACUUGGCUGGGGGGCCGCUAGAUGGUGGUAGGGCUCCAAUCCCCCCAAAAUUCCCAAAAAAUCUUCCCAAAUCCCUCCGGAAUUCCCAGACUGGGCUCCGAUCCCUCUGGAAUUCCCAAACUCCACUCAGAUCUCUCCGGAGUGGAUCCCUGGGCUGGGAGAGGAUCCCUGGAUUUGGGUUGGAUCCCUGGAUUCCGAGCAGAUCGCCGUUCCCGGGGGCGCAUCAUGAAUAUUAAUGUUAUUUAUGAAUAUUCAUGAGGGGAUCAGCCAAGGCUCUGAAUUCCCUCUGCCUCCAAGGAAUUCCCAACAUUUCCAGGCUUUCCCUGGAGCCCAAAGCUCCCCAGAUCCUGCCCCUGGGGGGUGGGGAAGGCGCCAUCGAUUCCCAAAUUCCCGAAAUUCCCGACGCUCCUCCCACCCCUGAGCCCGGCAGAACCCGGAAAAGUUCCCUGCACUUCAGCUCGGAUUUAUUUUUAUUUAUUUUUUUAUUUUAUUUUCUUUUUUUUUUUGUUUUUAUUUCCUGCCCACACCAAGUGCUGAGGGAGGGGAGGACACCAAAUCCACCCGGGCUGCUCCUGCUCUCCCAAAAAAAUCCCUGGAACAGCCCCGGUGGGAAGGGGACACAAAUUCCAGCCCCGUCCCUCCCUUUUCCCGGCGGGAAGCUCCGCCCUGAGUGUCCCAGUCUGGGAAUUCCAGAGGGAUCUGGGUGUCCCAGUUUGGGAAUUCCAAAGGGAUCUGAGCGAGCCCAGUUUGGGAAUUCCAGAGGGGUCAGGCCCAGUCUGGGAAUUCCAAAGGGAUCUGGGCCCAGUUUGGGAAUUCCAGAGGGAUCUGGGUCCAGUUUGGGAAUUCCAGAGGGGUCAGGCCCAGUCUGGGAAUUCCAGAGGGAUCUGGGCCCAGUUUAGGAAUUCCAGAGGGAUCUGGGCCCAGUUUGGGAAUUCCAGAGGGAUCUGGGCCCAGUUUGGGAAUUCCAGAGGGAUCUGGGCCCAGUUUGGGAAUUCCAGAGGGGUCUGAUUGUCCCAGUUGGGAAUUCCAGAGGGAUUUGAGCCAGGAGCAGAGUGAGGAAAACACUGCUGGGAAUAUCAGGAAUCCACUGGGGGAGAGCUCAGACCCAUCUGGGGCUGCAUUUCCAGAGCUUCCCAGUGCUCCCAGUG